AUAUCCGAAAACAAGUCUUAAGUAAGUCAAACAAAGAAAAAAAUGGAUCUCUUCUUGAUUAUAGCCGCUUUGGUAGCGGCUACAGCCUUCUUCUUCCUCCGGAGUACCACCAAGAAAUCUCUCCGGUUACCUCCGGGACCAAAAGGUCUUCCUAUUAUAGGAAACCUUCACCAGAUGGAGAAAUUCAAUCCACAACACUUCCUUUUCCGUCUAUCCAAGCUAUACGGCCCGAUUUUCACAAUGAAAAUCGGAGGCCGUCGCCUAGCGGUGAUCUCCUCGGCCGAGCUAGCCAAGGAGCUACUCAAGACUCAAGACCUCAACUUCACCGCUCGUCCUCUCUUGAAAGGGCAACAAACGAUGUCGUAUCAAGGCCGUGAGCUCGGUUUCGGACAGUACACCGCGUACUACCGUGAGAUGAGGAAGAUGUGUAUGGUGAACCUCUUCAGCCCAAACCGUGUCGCAAGUUUCAGACCGGUUAGAGAAGAAGAGUGUCAACGGAUGAUGGACAAGAUCUACAAAGCCGCUGAUCAAUCAGGCACCGUUGAUCUAAGUGAGCUUCUCUUGUCUUUCACCAACUGUGUCGUAUGUAGACAAGCUUUUGGGAAACGGUACAAUGAGUACGGUACAGAGAUGAAGAGAUUCAUAGACAUCUUGUACGAGACGCAAGCACUUUUGGGCACUCUGUUUUUCUCCGACCUCUUUCCUUAUUUUGGAUUCCUUGACAACCUCACCGGUCUUAGUGCGCGUCUCAAGAAAGCUUUUAAGGAGCUUGACACUUACCUUCAAGAACUUCUAGACGAGACUCUUGACCCUAACCGCCCUAAACAAGAAACAGAGAGUUUCAUUGAUCUUUUGAUGCAGAUCUACAAAGACCAACCUUUCUCCAUCAAAUUCACUCACGAAAAUGUCAAGGCCAUGAUAUUGGAUAUUGUUGUGCCGGGAACUGAUACGGCGGCUGCAGUGGUGACGAUCAAAAAACUCAAAAAUGCAUAAGAAAGAAAAGAGAAAAUACGCU